AACCAGGGUUUUACCACACAUGCUGACCAUGUAAGGGGAAGUGUAUGAGAGCAGAGGGUCCCUGAAUGCACCGCUCCAUUUAGACCAUCAUCACAUCCUCCUCAUCGUCACAGCUGCUCAGCUUAAAUAUGAAGCCACUGCUGCUGAAGACUCAUCAAAGAGGACAAGACAACCACACAUGGCGAGCAGAAAGACAAAGAAGAAGGAGGGAGGAGCCAAACGGGCUCAGAGAGCCUCGUCCAACGUCUUCUCCAUGUUUGAACAAACUCAGAUCCAAGAGUUUAAAGAGGCAUUCACUCUGAUUGACCAGAACCGGGAUGGAUUUAUUGACAAGGAGGAUCUGAAGGACACAUACGCCUCUCUGGGUAAACUCAAUGUGCUGGACAAUGAGUUGGAGGACAUGCUGAGAGAAGCCACUGGUCCCAUCAACUUCACCAUGUUCCUGACCCUAUUUGGAGGAAAACUGCAUGGCACAGACCCUGAGGAAACCAUUUUAAAUGCUUUCAAAAUGUUUGACCCUGACGCCAAAGGCUUCAUUCACAAAGAUGAAUUACAGAAUCUACUGAUGACGCAAGCGGACAAGUUUUCAUCUGAGGAGGUGAAGCAGAUGUUCCAGUCGUCGGACAUCGACGUGACAGGAAACCUGGACUACAAAUCUCUGUGUUACAUCAUCACACAUGGCGAACAGCAGGAGGAAUAAACGAGUCAACGACAUGAAAACAUGACUUUUUGAUAAAUGUUCUAAAACUAAGAAUUGACAGAAACUCUGAUCUAUAUUUGACCACUUUAUUCAUUUAGAUUGACACAUGUCAUGUACUCAACGUCUUAAUAAAACAUUAUGUACUUUG